UUUUACAUUUACAAGAUAUAUAUAAUACAUCGUUCAAGAUUCACGCGAUAACCUAGAAUUGCCUAGAAUAAAGUAAUAUUUCAUAGCAAAAUCGCUGCAUGCUUGUUGUAAUCAACGAUAAAAUCACAAAUAAAAGUUAUCGAUAUUACAUCUAGGACAAUUAUAGAAAUGAUGUGGUAUGCUUUGCAUUAAUUCAGACUACGCGGGUUCUGCAAGUUUAUCGAGUGCCGCACACAGUUUCGUUUCUGAAUAUAAAAGGAAAAAGAGAUACUUUUGAGAGAUGACUCAACUGGAGCUGGAUCCACAAUUUACUCAGGGGCUACGUCUUUUGCACUCUACUAACAAAGAUUCUGCAGAACAACUGAGAGCUUUGUUAGAUGAAGCAAUUAAACAAAAGUACGGGCCCUCCAAAAUGCUCUCCAAUGUACUACAUAAAAAGUACAUGAUGGAGGAGCCAGUAUUGAGCGAUCACAGUAGCAGUAGCAGUAAGAAAAGCAAAAGCUCUAGUUCGUCCAAGCAUUCGAGUAAAUCAAGCAAGAAUAGCUCUCCUGUUAAUCUGCCAGCACGUGACACACCGCCAGAUAUUUUGCAGGCAGAUGAUAAUCUGGCAAUGGAAAUUCUAGAGGACGAUCUGACAUGUGUUAUAUGUAAAGGGAUGGAUGUUGGGGCGAGAAAUAGGCUUGUGGAGUGUCAAGAGUGUCAUUCUUUGUACCAUCAGGAAUGCCAUGUUCCGCAUAUCCUGGAUUCGCAGAUAGAUGUGCCAAAACAAGUAUGGUACUGCUCUAACUGUCCAAAGUCUCAGGUUUCGAAAGACAGAAGUUCGCCAAAAACUGUGAUAGAAGGCAAAUCCAAAGAACAGAAAAAGCCGAGCUCAAGCACUGGAGCUAAGGUGACACCAAAUAUUCAUAUUAUAAGUGCGGAUAAAAGACUGAAAGACAUGAUGAAGAAAGCUAAGCAAGACAAACGAAAUACUGCUACUGCCACAAGUUCGAAAAGCUCUUCAUCCAGUACAUCUGCGUUAUCCUCAGCCAAGUCUUCUCAGGAUAAAUCUUUAUUAUACAAGAUAAAGUCAGGGAGUAAACUAUAAGUUGCAAAAGAAAUCAUUAAUAAACAAAAACGGAUUACAUACAUAUAUGUAUAUAUAUAUAUAUAUAUAUAUAUAUAUAUGUGUGUA